AUGGGUCUCCCAAUUCGUGUCACCAUUAUUGUAAUUUGCUCUCUCUGUAUCAUAUGUAACAAUGGCGUUGAAGCGUUUCAUAGCAUAUACCCAGGUCUUCAAUCCAUUUCAGCACGUUCUGUGAGUAAACUUCACAGAACUGCAUACCAUUUCCAACCUCGUAGGAACUGGAUCAACGUUGAUUCUGCAAUCAUGCAAGCGGGACUCUUUUCUAGGGCACAAUCACAAUCACAUGCAUCAAGCUCUAACUUGUGUUUUAGUGCGGUGUAG